AUGAUGAAAAUAAAACUUGUUUACAGAUAUCGAGCGGGUGUUUAUGAAUGCGUAGCGCACUCUGUCGGAGAUCGGCGGAGUGAGGCGGCGCGGCGCGCGCGGGGCGAGGCUUCUUCCCCCUACUUCAGUUUCCACUGGGAUCGUGCAGAGAGAGGACGUUUGAACGUCGCGCGCAAGGAUCGUUCGCGCGGCAACUUUGAACCUGUUUCUGGAUUGAGUCGGCACGGACAAUCUUCCAAACUGGGGAUGCAUAAGAUGGAGUUGGGCGACAGUGUGUACGCCGCUGAGCGUAUAAUGAAGAAGAGAAUUAGAAAGAACAAAGUCGAGUACUACGUGAAAUGGAAAGGCUGGAAACCGAAGCACAACACCUGGGAACCAGAGGAGAACAUUCUCGAUCCGAGACUCAUUCAGAGCUUCGAGAGGGGCGAGGAGCUGAGGAGGCAGGGGCGCAAACGCGAACGCGAACAUUCGCCGAUCGAGCGAGCGCGCAGCGGCUCUGAGGAGCGCCAACCUCCCCCCGUCAAGCGCAAGGCUGAAGUACUCUCAAAGGAGUCCGGGAAAAUCGGAGUCACGAUUACGAUGAGCCCGCCGGCCAAGAAACACGAUGCUAAAGUUAACGGGAGGACCCACAGUCAACCCCCGUUAGCUGCGCCCCCUGGAGGGGCAGCCGCUCCGGCCUCGCCUGCAGCGGAAGCCGCCGCCCCGCGGACUGGUCCCAGAAGAGCCCCGCACUCGCCGGAAGAAGCGGACGCACACACACCUCCCGAACGCGAGCGACGAACAGACACGCAACCUACUGCCACCGCGCCCGCGGAACCGAAAGGCGCGCGCCCACCCCCUCCGACCCCCCAACAAGAAGACGAGGACUCAUGGGGUGAACCCCCAGUCACCCCAGCACCUCCCCCGCCCCCUGCGCCGAAACGAGGGUCGGCUUACUGGUGCGCUCGAUCCCCCGUUGCAGACCAGAUUUUCAUCACAGACGUAACGGUGAACCUGCAAACUGUUACCAUCAGGGAGUGUCGGACGCAAGACGGCUUCUUCAGAGCGCGCGAGGGCCGACCACUCGACGUCACGUAA